AUGCCAUCUGAAAAUUUGAAACAUCCACAAUUAUCAUGUGGUAAUAGUCUUCGUGUUAAAAGUUCAAAUGUACCACCAUUUAUGAGUUUUUCCGAAUCGAAUGGAUUCGAAGACGGAAUUGAACAUAAUCUUUUACAAUUGAUUUCGAAGAAAUUACAACUUAAUUUACUCUUUGAAUUUUUGAAUGCAACAGCACAGCAUGACAUACUGCAGCAAAUAAUCAAUGGAAAUUUAAGUGAACCAAAGGAAACAGAUUGUCUGGUUGGCGGUUUAUACAGCAAUAAUUAUACGCAGAGAUAUUUCUUACCAUCGAUGCAAUACGAUGAAGACGAUUUAACAUGGUGUGUCAAACGAAUGGAGCCACUUUCGUUUUGGCCGCAAGUGCGGUACGCUGCAACAAAGACCAUUUGGAUUUUGUGUUACACGGCUGUUUUCACCAUUAGUAUCGUUUUGAUAUUUCUAAUGAAGUUUCAUCGAGACCAAUUUGGUUACAUGAGCUUUAAAUUCGACUACCAGUCACAAGAAAUUGCACUACCAGCUGCGACAAAUAGAUUCUUUCGUCAAAAUGACAAAUUUUUUAAAAUUCUCUACAAUUUUCUAUGGAUUUUUUGUGUUUUAACAAUGUCAGCUGUUUGGAAUCUUACGCUUAUUAAACUCAUCACAUCGCCGAGUUCCAAAUAUCAAAUUCGAACUGUUGCUGAAAUGAUUGAGAAUAAUUACAAUUUGAUUGGUAGUCCAUUUUCCAAUGUGUCUGUUUCGGAAAAUGUCAAGUUUCCCAUUCGAAUGAAAGAGCAAUUUGAGAUUUGUGUUGACAUCGAAGAAUGUUUGCAUCGUUUUACUAUUAAAGACCACAAAAAGUACGCGUUGGCUGUUUCAAGAAAAUGGAUAGAGCGGAAACAAUUCGAUGCAUUGAAUAAAAUAAGUUGCUUUGAAAAAGCAGAAAACCUAAAAAAUUAUAGCGUAUCAUUGCUUGUACGAAAGGAUUUUGGAUGUAUGAACGAAAUAAAUGAAAUUAUAAGAAAUGCAUUGGAAGCCGGUUUAAUACAGAAAUGGAAACAAGAUGGACAAUCAAUCAAACUUUAUAAAAAUGUGAAUGCUUUUAGUUCACAUUCAUAUUCACGAUUGAGCGAUGUUAUUGUGAUUGCGAUUGCCUUAUUUAUAUCGGUAUUGGUUAUAUUAGCGGAACUUGUCGUGGAUAAUCGAAUGGAAUCACUGAAUCGCUACAAUAUCUCAAUAUUUAUUUAUAAAUCAUUUUGGACACGGAGACAUGCUUUCAUUCACUGA